GCUAAGGUUGUCGAAACGUCAGUCAACAACAACAAAAACAGUCCUUCUCAGGACUAUACCAACCUGGACGAUCUACAUUUACAAACAUGUUACAAACAUCAAACAAAUCACCCAUUCGUCUUAUGAGACGUGGCUAAAAGCCGGUAAAGUACGGGUACAAAACGUCGGCAGGUAGUCGUGGGAGAUACAUACGUUGUACUUUGGUCGUUUAACUUAUGUUAUUGUGUCAUUGGUAAUAUCGAUAAUAUUUUCUGAUUUGUGAUUUUCUUUCUGGUAAUUUUAAAAGAUGCCAAGGAGCAAUAAAAGGUUUAAAGCAACUGUAGCUGUCACAUAUCAUGAUGAGGAUGGCCAUGUUGAGAGAGAGGAGGUGGAUUUGUCAGAAUUGGUUACUGAGGAUCAUAGAGGAAGCUGUUCUUUUAACGGUCCUGAUAAUUGUGGUGCAUUGGAAGGCCAUGAACUGGGAAUGGAACAAGAUAACAGUGAUCUUGAAAGUGAUGUUCACCAUGAUUGUGAAAAAUCAUCUUCUUAUUACCAGAAAGUUGAAAGAAAACAAAAAGCAUGGGAAAAUUCGCUACAUUCAAUUAUAAAGAAUACAUUUCAGUUUGCUGGCAAAAAUUGAA